GAGCCCAGAGCCCGGGAGCUGCCCCCAGCGGGGCCGCGGCGCCGCCCCGCACCUGGGCCCGCCCCGAGGACGGGAAACGGGGCCGGGCCGAGGCGAGGGGAGCCGAGGGGAGCAUGGCCGGUGGCGGCGGGGGCCCGGCGCCCUGAGCGGCGCCAUGCGGGGCCGGCUGCUGGCGCGGCUGAGGCGGCGGCGGCUGCUGCGGCUGCUGCUGGCCCUGGGCGCGCUGGCGCUGGGGCUGUGGGCCGCCUACCUGGAGCUGCUGGCAGCCCCCGGCGGGGGGGCGGCCCCGGACCGCAGAUAUGAAGACUGGAGGGAACUGGCUAAGGCUCUGGCAGACACAAACAUCCCGGGUGGGGACCCAAGCCUCCCGUUUAACUAUCGUCAGAAGAUGGGACAGCAGAACCAGGAGCAUCAAAGAGGUGGAAGGAAUAAGUCGAAUUAUGCAGCUGUGGGCAACCCCGUCCCAUGGAUGCCAGAGUUCCAGGGCCAGGCCAACCUGCACGUGUUCGAGGACUGGUGUGGCAGCUCCACCGAGCAGCUCAGGAAGAACCUCCACUUCCCCCUCUACCCCCACACACGAACUACACUGAAGAAACUGGCAGUGUCCCCGAAAUGGACCAACUACGGUCUCCGGAUAUUUGGCUACCUGCAUCCUUUCACUGACGGGGAGUUUCAGUUUGCCAUUGCUGCGGAUGACAACGCCGAGUUCUGGCUGAGUCCGGAUGAAAAGACCUCUGGCCUCCAGCUGCUGGCCAGCGUAGGCAAGACAGGGAAGGAGUGGACAGCACCAGGGGAGUUUGGAAAAUUUCGGAGCCAGCAGUCAAAGGUGGUGAGGUUGUCAGCUGCAGGCAGGUACUACUUUGAGGUGCUGCACAAGCAGGAUGACAAAGGAACAGACCAUGUGGAAGUAGCAUGGAGACUGAAUGACCCAGAUGUGAAGUUCAAAGUCAUUGACUCCCAAUACCUCUCCCUUUUUGCUAACGAGACGCUGUUAAAGAUGGACGAGGUCGGGCACAUCCCGCAGACGCUGGCCAGCCACGCGAGCCGGCCUGCCGACAGCGCGGGCGGCAAGGCACACCCCGCUGACAUGUUGAAGCCUGACCCCCGGGACACUCUUUACAAAGUGCCUCUGCUCAGCAAGUCCCGCCUGCGCCGAGCCCUGCCAGACUGCCCCUACAAGCCCAGCUACCUGGUGAAUGGGUUUCCUCUGCAGCGCUACCAGGGCCUCCAGUUUGUUCAUUUAUCCUUUGUUUACCCAAAUGAUUACAGCCGCCUGAGCCAUAUGGAGAAAGACAACAAAUGCUUCUAUCAGGAAAACCCAUAUUACUUGGAAAGAUUUGGAUUCUACAAGUACAUGAAAAUGGACCGUCCAGAGAAGAACCUGGACUCUGGAGAAAAGACAGAGCAGCCAGGCUUCCAGGAGGGGAACCUGGACGACCUGCAGUACGGGGAGCAGGACGUGGAGAGCACUGGCCCCCCGGCACCCCCUGGCACGUGGCAGGCAGAGCCGACAGGCACCACUCCCAGCGGCGUGGUGGGCAGCGAGCAUGUCUACGAGGACUAUUCCCUCCGGGAGCGGCGGCGGCUCCUCUCAGUGGGUGACACAGGAGAGGCACCUCAGAGGAGAGGGAUGAAAAGGGCCGGUGUCAAGACAGCCCCGCUGGCCGCUGCCAACCAAAGCCUCAGCCGGGCUGGCACAGAGAGCAACCCAGCAAUGAAGAGAUCCCACUUAAAAGCUGGCAUCAAAGACAACUCCAAGAGCCCUCCACAGCAUGCCAGGGUUGUCCAGGGCAGAGCACCUGCUAAAAAGCCUAACCCACCUCCUAGGAGCAGGUCGCAAAGGGAGGAGCCUCUCAGCUACACCAGGGACUCAGGGCUCAGGAUUCCCAAAGGGCUGAGACCUCGAUCAGACCUCGGCGCUGCAGAGGACAGGCUGCAGCCUGCAGGCACCGUGCAAACGAGGCGAGGAGGCCCAGGCAAAGCUGGCAGGCACCCUGUGGCCACUGCUGGCCCCAGCAAGGAGCCGGCACGGCUGGCACAGUGGCUGAACCAAGUGGAGGCCUACGUGGCUGAGCAGAAGGUGGCUGGUGGCAAGGACAUGGGUGAGAGAGAGGCGCAGGUGGCACCUCUGGCAAAGGGCAAGUCGGGGCCUGUGGAGAGGGCAGCAGAAGAGGAAGAAGAAGAGGUGGAUGGGGAGCCAGAGGAGGAGGAUGAGGAGGGUUUUGAUUAUGUACCAGUGUUUGACCAGGCGGUGAACUGGGAGCAGACCUUCAGCACAAGCAACCUGGACUUCCACAUGCUGCGCACCGACUGGAUUGACCUCAAGUGCAACACGUCAGGAAACCUGCUGCUCAAAGAGAGGGAGGCCCUGGAAGUCACACGUGUCUUCCUCAAGAAGCUCAACCAAAAGAAUAAAGGGCGGUUCCAGCUGCAGCGGAUCGUGAACGUGGAGAAACGCCAGGACCGCAUGCGGGGAAGCCGCUACCUGCUGGAGCUGGAGCUGCUGGAGCAGGGAGAGCGCCUGGUCCGCUUCUCCGAGUACAUCUUUGCACGGGGCUGGCAGGGCGUUGGCGGUGACGAGGAGGAGGAGAGGAACAUGAGGAACCUGGCGUGGGGUCGCCGGCGGCACCUGAUGGCCGUGGCCAAAGAGCCAGAGCUGUGCUGGCCCCAGGGCUUUUCCUGGAACCACCGUGCCGUGGUUCACUUCGUGGUGCCAGUGAAAAACCAGGCACGUUGGGUGCUGCAGUUCAUCUCUGACAUGGAAGAGCUGUUCCGAGUCACUAAGGAUCCUUACUUCAACGUCAUCAUCACGGACUACAGCAGCGAUGACAUGGAUGUAGAGAAGGCUCUGAAAAGGUCUAGCUUGCACAGCUAUCGGUACUUGAAGCUGACGGGGAAUUUCGAGCGUUCUGCUGGGCUGCAGGCAGGGAUAGACCUCGUGACGGAUCCGCACAGCAUCAUUUUCCUCUGCGACCUCCACAUCCACUUCCCUGCUGGCAUCAUCGACUCUGUCCGCAAGCACUGCGUGGAAGGCAAGAUGGCCUUCGCACCCAUGGUCAUGAGGCUGCACUGCGGCACCUCCCCACAGUGGCCUGAUGGCUACUGGGAGGUGAAUGGGUUUGGUCUUCUGGGCAUAUACAAGUCUGACCUGGACAAGAUCGGAGGGAUGAACACGAAAGAGUUUCGGGACCGCUGGGGAGGAGAAGACUGGGAACUCCUGGACAGGAUCUUGCAGGCUGGGCUGGAAGUGGAGCGCCUCUCCCUGAGAAACUUCUUCCACUGGUUCCACUCGAAGCGGGGCAUGUGGAACCGGCGCCAGCUGAAGACAUUGUAGCCUUCAACACCGAAGCUGUCCGGCAGCACUGUCCACCGUCUCGCCCCAGCGUGCACUUUAUUGAGGCACACAGCCAAGCGCACAAACUCUCCCUCUGCCCCCAGAGCCCUCCGGCAGGACGGCCCAGCUGAAGAAGGGACGGUCAGGCAUGAGGAGCUUCUCUUGGGAGCCACUGCAUCCAAAACACGGGAUCCACGUCUUGCUGGGAAGCCGUGUGGGGAAGCUGUCACCCAGUGAAGUAGUCGUGUUCCCUGCCGUGUGGCCUGGUGGAUGGCACAGCGGGAGAGGCGCCAUAUUUCCUGUCGAGUCUGGCGUGGUGCAGAGCAAACAAACAAAGCUCUCGGCUAAGCCCGGAAUGGUUUAUUUACAGGAAUGCAGAUUUUCUUUCAAUACUUGAAGAAAAAAAGGGGAAAAAAAUAAAAUGGGAAAAAAAAACCCUCUCCUUCCCUCUCAACCCCUGCCCCAUCUCUCUGGUAUCCAUACGUUUGGACAGGGGACCAAAAUAGUUUCUCUGAACUGUAUUGUGUCCACAUGCCCGUGUGCUGACCCCAAAAAGAUCUGGAUGAGGAGGAGUUGAUAGGCACUUUAGGCUGCUGGUGCUUAGACAUUUCUCUGUGCUCUUCCCUUCAAUCUUUAUGAGAAACUGUGCUCAUUCAGUAAAUUAUGGGCUGUGGAUUGAGACGCAAGUACAGUUCCCAGGAGAGCCACAUUUGCCUGCAGCUGAGCAAGGUGGCAGGGGUUGAUGUUUCAGCUCUCCCUGAAUUAUUGAUCCACUGCCUGAGGAUAGUGGAGGGGUUAUACAGAGACGCUAGGAGGGCAUCUCAGGAGGAAUUUUGCAACCUUAUCUGACAGACAUGCGUGUUUGUCCUUACAAUAUCAGGGAAACCCUAGCAGGGAGAAGUGGCAAUAUUUUAUUAAUUGAGAUAUUGUGAUUUUGUUAGAAAAAAAGAGGAGACAGAUUAUUCUGCUCUCUAAAUCCUGUACAUUUAUGCAGCAUCUAAAGGUUAAUUUAAUAAGUUAUGGCCUCAGAGUGAGGUCUUAGCAUAGUUUGGCUUUUAUCUAAAGAGCAGACUUGCUUGCAUUGGUGGAAGAACUGGCACAGCUUCACUUCUGGAGCAGCCCUGGGCUGCUCCCCUGUCCUGCUACAGGGGAGGUGUCCUCAGGCCUUGGCACUUGUGCUGGGUGCAAGGAACAGUGUGGGCAGAAGAGGGUUGAGUGAAUAAAAUGAUGGGCAGACCCUUGCUGGCACAAUAAAAGAGCUGUGGGAAGACCCAGCCUGAUGCUAGAGCAAAUUCUCAGCCCCUAAAACUCCCACUAAUGCAAGGCAAGAUUUUUACCCCUAAAACCAUUUUACAGGACUGCAGAAACCCAAAGAUCCGCAGCAGCACAGUCAGCGCUCUGCACCGGAGCUUCAGGGUCCCUGCACGAUGCUGAAAAGGCUGCUGCUGAUCUCACCCUUCAGCAGGGAGCGUGGCAUAGGAUGCUGCUGACGGCUCCCAGCUCUGCGGGGAGCUGUUGAAAAGUGAGCGGUGGAGGCAUGCAGUGUACGAGCGAUGCUGACACGGCACUGGAGUUGUUUGCGUUCAGACUGAUGGAGUGGAUGCCAAUUCGGAAUCGGUGUUCACUUGUUAUUAACUCCAUGGUGCUUGGAGAGCCCAUCAGGUUCCACUAUUGCAGCAGAAAGCUGAACAUGCAAGUCCUGGCACGUGAGAUGUAAAUCCUGUCAAAUCAUCUGGUUGCCUCAGCCUGGGCUGCGGGACUGAUGGAGUCAACCCGAUUUAAGGAAGCUUCCGUGUGCAGCUAUGGUGAGAAGUAUGCGAGAGACUGCUCUGUCUCUCAGUCCAUGGAGUCUUUGCCAGAACAUAGACACUGAAUAUCUAAGAAGAGGCAGCCUCAGCCUUCUGCUCGAGCCAGAGCAGUCUUUUUAAUGAGGGAAGGUAUUCCCUCUUCCUAUGGAGACACUAAGGAACAAAAUGCUGCCCUUGGGUGGAGGGGGAAGAGGCUGACAGCCAUCAACUUUUUUUUUUUUUUUUUUUUUUAAUGCAUUAUGUGAGUUUAGGAGGCCAGAGCCCGGGGAUGUAGUGUUGCAAUAAGCUCUGUUUCUGCCUGGAACACGCCGUGUCGGUCGCGCUUUCGUGUCGGAGCCUGCGCUUCACUCGCAGACACAGGCACAACCUCGUGAGCACGCAAGUGAGAUAUUCUCCAGACACCCAGGCUGUGCUCGCAGCUUGUCCGGGCUGGCUCUGUCAGGCAGCUCCUGCGGCACGGGGAGAGGCUGGCAGAGGGGGCGAGCAGCGGGGACGCAGCCAGGCCUUAGCAGCUUGGCCCCGUGAAGCAGAGAACGGUGUUGUGCCCGUUCUGCAGAUGGGGAGAUGGUGGAUUUGGUGGCAACCCUGACGUCAGGUGCGGGGAAGGUCAUAUAUAUAGAAUAUAUGAUAAUGAGUAACUCCUCCUCCUCACCAGGGAGGAUAACCAGCAAAGAGGGGACUAGAAAGCAGGGUGCAACCCUCACUGCAGAGCUGUAGGAUUUUGUCCCCGUGCUUUAGCUGGCCAGGUGACUGCUCCGUCCUGCACGCCUGUAACCCAGGCCAGGAGCAAGCAGAAUUUCUUACCUCACAGGGUCUCCUUGGUGGACAUGGAAGGAGUUACUGGGGUCCGGUCCAAUUUCCUAAGGGUCGGUGUCCCCACUGUAAAAACUGCCAUCACAACUGCUCUUCUGUUCUUAGCACAAUGGCCAUUCUUUGUUGGUAUUUGAGCAUCGCAGUGGUGAACACGAUUAAUAAAUACUAAUUGGCACUACUUGGCAGUCCCCGCGGAGGAGCUUGCAGAGAGCCCAUGGGGCCAGAAGCCAUCCUCCAGCCCAGGAGCUCAGAGAGUGCUGCGGGUUGCAAGCAGAGGACGGGCUACAAGUGAUCUUGCAGGAGAAGUGCCAGGCUGCUGCCCCUCUUCCUAAACAACCUGCAGCUUUUUCCUCCCCUCCAAACGGAGAGAUGAAGAGUUGGGCUCCCUGCUGCUGCAGAGAGGGGAUCGGCACAGCCCCCACAGUGCUACAGGGAGCCUGGCUUCCACGGGGCGCGUGCAUCCUGGCCACGUCCUGUCUAGGAGGCAGGAGGAAAUGGGUUGCACACCACGUCCUUCGUACCAGCUGCACAGGCAGGGAGGGAGCUGCUGUGGUAGGCAGCUGGGGAAAUGGUGGGGCACGCUGCAGGAACAGGCUUUCCCCGCAGCAGGAUGUGGCCAGGCUGGGGGCACGAGGGCGGGCGGCACUGCAAGGUGGCUCUGCCCACAGGAGCCAGCUCCACCGUCAGGGCUUUUUGGUUCCCCAGUGUGUUUGGGCCUGAGGUUUGUUUUGCGGCUCAGCAACGGGAACCAAGAAGGACUGAGAGCUGCAUUGUGUGAAAGCAGUAAUGUGACUUGUUGUGUCUUUAAUGUUUGCCCGGUAUGAACGUCUAUCUCGCUUCUUUUCAUUGCCUAAAAACGUCUGAUGUUGUUCACUUUUUAGAUACUGAUGCCUUGUGUUAAAAAUUGAGAUUGUACCUAGGAAUCAUCUGCCUUAAAGUGGCUCUGUGCCUUCAAGACAACCCCUGGGCCACCUCUCUGUCAGAACUGGGGGGAUGUCCCGGUUCUCCCCCACGUUUUAUAAAUACAUGGUCUUCCUACAAGA